UGUUGAUGAGCCUUCUAAAUCUUCUGAAUAUACCACUGAAGAAGACAAUAUUUCAGAUAGUAGUAAUCUAGGAUCAACAAUUGAUAACCAAAUUUUAUGGAUUUUGCUUUGGAUUAUGACAUUUCGGAUAAGAUUCAACAUAACGGAGACAGCAACUGAGUCUUUGAUAAAAUUUAUGAAAUUAGUCUUGACAGAAAUCGGUAGAGAUGAUUUUAGAGACUUUCCAAAUUCGAUGUACUUAACAAGGAAAAAACUUGGAUUAAAAGAUCAUUUUCAUAGCUUCGUUUCUU